UCCGCGGAGAAACUGGCUGCUUCUGGUUUCCAGACAUAAAUACAAAAGCAGGAGCCGGUCUGUGAGAGCAGCAGCACAAAGACGAGCGGAGCGGAGCACUCUGAGGUUUUAACCCUGAAGACCAAGAGAGUCAGACUCCAACGAAGAGGAGCUUGGACGGCAUGCAAAGUUGUGAAAUUUCGUCAGACAGCACUGAUGAUCCUCUUAGUAGCGGCUUUCGCACUCAUCGACAGCCUCGAAUAGUAGUGAUCGGUGCCGGCUUGGCUGGCCUCGCUGCAACUAAGGUCCUCCUGACUAACGGCUUCACGGAUGUCACUGUCCUAGAGGCAUCGGACCACAUCGGCGGGAGAGUUCAGAGCCUUGAGCACGGAAAAGCAACUUUGGAGCUUGGAGCUACCUGGAUCCAUGGCGCCAAUGGCAACCCUGUGUACCACCUGGCAGAGGAGAACGGGCUGCUCGAGCACACCACAGACGGGGAGAGGAGUGUGGGGCGCAUCAGCCUGUACACCAAGAACGGUGUGGCUCACUACCAGACCAACAUUGGCAAGCGGAUCCCCAAGGACCUGGUGGAGGAGUUCAGUGACCUGUACAAUGAGGUGUAUGAGCUGACACAGGAGUUCUUCCAGAACGGGAAGCCAGUUUGUGCUGAGAGCCAGAACAGCGUUGGCGUGUUUACGCGUGAUGUAGUGCGCAAGAAGAUUAUGAUGGACCCUGAUGAUUUUGAAAGCACCAAGAAGCUCAAACUGUCAAUGCUUCAACAAUACCUCAAGGUGGAGAGUUGUGAGAGCAGCUCCCCCAGCAUGGAUGAGGUGUCUCUCAGCGAGUUUGGUGAGUGGACGGAGAUUCCUGGUGCACACUAUGUCAUUCCUGAAGGUUUUAUGAAGAUUGUGCAGCUCCUGGCCCGGGACAUCCCGUCCGACACCAUCUGCCUCAGCAAACCGGUCCGCCGCAUCCACUGGAACUACUCGGCCCAACAUGGAGAGACCUUUUCCAAGCGUGGUGACAAUGACCACGACAACAACCACAACAACAAAAACCACUGUGGCCAGCCUCACGAGAACUCUUUGACCCUGGGCCGCCCCAUCUGCGUGGAGUGCGAGGAUGAGGAGUGGAUCGCAGCCGACCACGUGAUUGUGACAACGUCUCUAGGUGUGCUGAAGCAGAACCACGAGGCCAUGUUUUCCCCGCCCCUCCCCGAGGACAAGGUGCUGGCCAUCGAGAAGCUGGGCAUCAGCACCACCGACAAGAUAUUCCUGGAGUUCGAGGAGCCCUUCUGGAGCCCCGAGUGCAACAGCAUCCAGUUCGUGUGGGAGGACGAGGCUCAACUCGAACAGCUGGCCUACCCCGAAGAACUGUGGUACAAGAAAAUCUGCAGCUUCGACGUCCUCUACCCGCCCGAGCGCUACGGCCACAUGCUGAGCGGCUGGAUCUGCGGGCAGGAGGCGCUGUACAUGGAGCGGUGCGAUGACGAAACCGUGGCUGAAACCUGCACUGAGCUGCUGAGGCGCUUCACAGGGAAUCCUGACAUUCCAAAGCCCCGCCGCAUCCUGCGCUCGUCAUGGGGCAGCAACCCAUACAUCCGAGGCUCCUACUCCUUCACCAGGGUCGGGUCUAGUGGUGCAGACUGUGAGAGGCUGGCCAUGCCGCUGCCUUAUGCCAACAGCACCAAGGCUCCACCUCUGCAGGUCCUGUUUGCUGGAGAGGCCACCCACAGAAAAUACUAUUCCACUACACAUGGUGCUUUGUUGUCGGGGCAGAGAGAGGCCACUCACCUGAUGGAGAUGUACCAGGACUUGCACAAAGCGGAAACCGCAAAGCCUAACGUAUAACACGAAACAAACCUCUUACUAGUGAAUAAAACGACAACAAAAAACACAAAAUGUUGAGUUCAGGCUUUCUUUCCUAAUGAUUAAAUUAUACUUAAAGCAUAGCACGGGCUUUAUUACAUUUCUAACAAUUACAUAUUGUUUUUAUUGUACUGUAGAUUUGAAUCAUGCUAAAUUUUAUUUGAUAUGUACUGUUAAGAUGUUGCCAAUGGUGCUGUCAUUUCUUUUAUUUGCCAUUCUGUCAGUAUGUUUUUUUUAAAUCAACAGUUUAUUGUUUAUAACAAAGCACUUUUAAUUUACUUUGUUUUUGUAAGUGCCUUCUGUAUGUUAUUCAAUGUCACUUCAAGAAUAAUGGAAAUAAUGAACAAAAACGACGAAAAUUUUAACAAAAUAAAAGUUCUAUGAUUAACUAAUAAUUGUACAGGUUUUUAACUCACAAUGCUGGUAGAUUAGAAUCAGCAGCUCAUCUUUCUGCACCUGGGAAAUCACUUGCAAAAGAUUCCUUUUUUUUGUGCAUACAUCUGCGAAAGAAAACAAAAAAUGCAAGGACAAAGGCCAACACUCUAAUGUUGCGUAGUACAAUGCUGUGCCAAACUCACAUGUAGCUACAACAGACCUAAAUUUCAGUCCUGCUGUGGAUAUUACUGUCAAAUUAACAAUAAAGACUCAAUUAUA